GCGCGUCGUCAGAAAAGAGCCCGACUCCGGCGCGGUGACUGUGUCUUGAGUGCGCCGAGGGAUUCCGCCGACGGUCGGUCAUUGAAACGCCGCAUGCGCCAAGGUGUCGCGUCCGGAAAGCAAGGCGGCGGGCCCGGUCAGCGUGCUUCCUUCAUCGAGCUCCCUGGAGUCACUUCAGCACUUUCAGACGUGGCCAGGAGUAGAGAGCUCAAGAGAUGGGGUACACGGUGUGGCUGGGACUUUUGCUCUUCUUCUACAGCGACACCGUCCGACAGACGACGGCUGCUGACAUCAUAGCCCAGCCGAUCAGCAGUGGUGACUCCCCAGAACAGUACGAUGUGCCGGAUAUCAAAGGAGAGGAUCUGUUUUCAGAUGAGUUCGACGAAGGCAGUGCUGAACCAGAUCUCCCACCCGUUCCACCACCUCCUCCACCGACGGGCAUCGGCACAGGGACAGACUUCCAACAGGAGCAUGACAUCCCUGAAGAUUUCAUGGUGGUUACCACCAGUCCUCCUAUGACUCAGACCGAUAAGUUCUGCUACUGCAGCGGCAACAUUAGCACCGUCACCAGAGGUCCACGUGGGGAGAAAGGACGUGACGGUUCACCUGGACCCCCGGGCCCUCCUGGUCACCGAGGCUUGCAAGGUCCAGAGGGUUCACCAGGACCGCCAGGUCCGCAGGGACCAACUGGUCUCCAAGGACUCACCGGCCUUCCCGGUGUACCUGGAAAGCCGGGCAUUGACGGCUCACCUGGCCUUCAGGGCUCACGUGGUUUACCUGGGCCACCCGGACCUCCGGGCCCUUCAGCGCCGCGCAUAUUUGAUCUCGACAACGGCUACUCGUCUGGCUUGUACAGUGGGGGUUUUAACGGCAGAACAGGAGGCUUUCAGGGUGUACCGGGACCAAAAGGCCUUCAAGGACCUAAAGGAGAUGCAGGAUCCAUAGGACCCCGAGGACAUAAGGGCGAUCAGGGCCCUAUUGGACCCCCGGGUCUAAAAGGAGAUCAUGGAAUGCCUGGCGUUCCAGGACCAUCUGGGGAGCCCGGCACGCCAGGACAAAAGGGACAGAAGGGUGAAAUAGGAGUCGGGCUGCCCGGCCCUCCCGGACCUCCAGGAAAUGUGUACACAAUGCCGCGCGACAGCGACCUCGAUUUUGGAAGCGGUUCACUCUCCUUUGUACCAGGAACAAAGGGAGACAAAGGUGAAAUGGGACUACCAGGACCCAUUGGGCCAGCAGGGAAAGACGGACCAAAGGGCGAAAAGGGAAACAACGGUUUUAACGGGUUGCCAGGACUAAAGGGCAGCAAGGGCGACCCCGGAGAGGUUCACUACGAAGACCUGGAGGGUAGAAUUCUCGUUGCUCAAAAGGGUGACAAAGGUGACAGGGGUCGCAGGGGCAAGAAAGGACCCCCGGGUCCUCCAGGGAGCUUUGUGGGCGAGUUAGAACGCCUGGUUGGUCCGGCAGGACCAAAAGGAGAAAAGGGAGAGUGCAGCAAAGGCGAGCGAGGUGAACCAGGUCCGCCAGGGCCGGCCACUUACCUCGACGCAUCGGAUGGCCUGACCUACAUUGCGAAUGAAGGCACAAAAGGUGAAAAGGGCGACAUUGGAUUCACAGGGCCUAUUGGUCCAACCGGAGAACGAGGUCCCAUGGGCCUUCCAGGACAUAAGGGCGAAAAAGGUGACCACGGCCCACCGGGACCUCCGGGACCCAUCAGUUUUAGUGCUGGAUCACACGCGGGAACAAAGGGUGAACCCGGCGUACCUGGAUCCCCCGGGCCACCAGGCCCUCCAGGACUUACGCAAUGGGUUGAUACUUCCAACAGUAUUAACACUAGAGGUGGUCAAGUAAUACAGGGACCGCCAGGGGUGCCAGGUGCCCCCGGUCCUCCGGGUCCUCCUGGACCACCAGGUCCAUCGGUUGUGCAAGCAAAGAGCUCUCAACCAUCGAUCGUCCCAGGGGCUGUAACAUUCAAGAAUAUGGAUUCUCUGCUGAGAAUGUCCGAUAUCAGCCCAUUAGGCACACAAGCGUUUGUGCUUGACGAAGAAGUCCUGCUUGUUCGAGUCAGCGCUGGAUGGCAGUACAUCGCUCUUGGGUCUCUCGUUCAGUUGCCAAAGACCACCACAACUACCUCGACGACGGCACCAUCACCAUCACUCUCACCUGACAGUCUCAGGAUGGAUUCUCCCAAGCUUCGCAUCGCGGCUUUGAACCAGCCGUGGACGGGUGACAUGCACGGCGUCCGCGGAGCAGACUACGAGUGCUAUCGGCAGUCCAGACACGCGCACCUACGGGGCACCUUCAGAGCUCUCCUUGCAUCCCGUGUCCAGAACCUCAACAGUAUCGUACGAUCUAAAGAUGCUGAUCUUCCAUUAGUUAAUCUGAAGGGUGAGGUGGUGUUCAAUUCCUGGAAAGAGCUGUUUUCGGGAGGGGGUGGCACGUUUCCUUAUCCACCCAGGAUCUACUCGUUUGAUGGAAGAAACGUCCUUGCCGAUAAUACGUGGCCAUUCAAACGGGUCUGGCACGGUGCAGAUCCAUUAGGCACCAGGGAUAUGGAGAACUACUGCGACGCCUGGCACUCGAUUACGCCGGCCCGGUACGGCCUGGCAGGGUCCCUAUUGGGCCAGGCUAGGCUUCUGGGGCAGGAAAGACACUCGUGUGCCAGCCUCUUCAUCGUGCUGUGUGUAGAAGCCACAAGUCAACAGGAGUAUGACCAGGACAACAACCAGAGGCGCAGGAAGCGUGCAGCACGAAGUUUCCAUCCAUUUUCAAACAGCACAAGCAGCAGGCACGCCGAACCCAGUUUCUCCAUUACAGAUUUGCAUUGACAAGUACGAAGAGGAAAGGGUGCACACUUCUUUUCCUACCAGGACUUUAAGCCAUCCUUCAACCAUAUAAUCUGUCACAGCCUUAUUUCUCUACACUUUACUUUUUACCCAUCGUGCGACGUUCGUUACAUGAUAAAAACAACACACGACAUCUAGCACCACUUCCUGGCAACAACUGCAUCAAAACAUCUAGUAUUAUUUUUUUUAUGGGUGAUUGUUUCAGCUCAAGGGACGGCCAUCGGGACAUCAUCAUCAAUUUUUUUCUGAGAAAAUAUGUGUUGAAGUGCAAGGGUGCUGGCGAGCUGGUACAUUGUAAAAUGACGAAAAACCUGAGACGAGGAGCAAAAAGGAACACAUGCAACACGUUCUGAGAGAGAUGUUCUCUGAGAAUGUGUUGUAUUCCUUAUUUUGCUCCUUGUCUCAGGUUUUUCGUCCUUUUAAAAUAUGUGUUGUAGCCCAACACCAGCUGAGAAUUGAGCAGCAAAUAUUUUGCCUCUGAUUGCGUUAGCACUUGAGAAAAAAAAGAAAAAAAAAUCGAAGAGAAAGUAACCCUGCUGUUGAGUGGCCUUGACAUUUUCCACACAGUGAUUUUAAGCGUUUGUUUCUAGUCAGCAAGUUUGUGCAGAGCUCUGAAUUUUUUCUCCCAAGAUGUCACCUAUGGUGACCUCCAACAUUGACAAACACACAAGUGUGGAACACACUUUCUUAUGUUUAUUUAAAAAUUUGCAAGCACAUGUUUAUUGCCCCAGUGGAAACAGCAUAACCAACCAUGUUUCGUUAUGGGAUCUCACACUUUCAAGGACCUGAGAGCUUAAUACCCAUGCAGGGACCCCACUUCGGUGAGCUCUGAUUUCUGUUGCGCAUGAACAACAAAAAUCAUGACGCGUAUACACGAACAUCAUGGAUGGGGCUACACAACUGCAAAAAGUGAGCAAAAUUUAGGGCUUUUCAGGAACAUGAGUUCGAAAGAUAUAAUUUUCGACAUGCUACGGAUAUUUGACAUCUCUGUUGCAAAAGCAGGCUGCAUUUAGGUAUAAAAACUCAGUAUCAGAAUGUAUAGUUCUCCCUCUACACAGAACACAUUUCUUGUUUUGCUAACUUCUACAGUGGAGAGGAGACGAAUGCGAGUGAAUUCCGUUGUGAAUGCUAAGUCUGUGAAUUUUAAAAUAAACAUCGAGAAUACGUUCAAAGCUUCCAUGCAUCUAUACUUAGAGGAGCCACUGUAUCUGACAUCUUGGGAGAAAAGACUUCAUAGCACAGCACGCACCUGCUGCCAAGAAAUAAGAGCUUAGUAAAGCCUAAAAAAAGUAAAGUAAAGCUUAGAAAAUUCAUUCCAGCUUCUGGAUGGCAGGGUGACUUUCUUUCUCGAGUACGUACUACGAUUGCCAGAGGAGAAAUAUCUGCCUCCAUUCUCAGGUAGUGCUACUACAACGUAUUUCCCCCCCUCCAGAAAAAGUGAGCGAUGAUGUCCCCCGUUGACUGAGUUGAGAUGGAGUCACUCCAUGUAAUUCUUCCUUUUCUCAAAUUCUUCUGGUUGAGAUGCAUGCAGGAUUAUGUGUCAAGGAUACUAGUAGACAAAUAUCUCACUAUUUCUCUAAUUACGAGACACUUUUAAGCACUGAAGGAUGAGCUGCUACACUGAACAUAUUAACUUUAGUGUUCGCCAAACCAAGCUAUGUCCAUUUGAUUCUAACUUGCACCUGUGACUCAGUGGCCCAUUUAGUUGAUGAGAUUAUGAGUAGAGCCUGAAGUUUUAGGGUUUUACCCGAUUCUUCCCCAAAUUUGCACUCCGAAUUGAAGGUUGCCUCUUUAGGGUGAAACCCUACCCCCAUUUUUACCAGGCAAAUUGCCCUCUCUGGGAUGUCUGUAGGUAUGCACCAUCUUACUUGUUUGGCAGAAAAAUGUAGUUGCAUCACCGUUUGUACCAAACCGCUACAGUUAGUUUGAAUAACUGAGCCCGAUUUCUCCCCGAUUUUAGCGUAAUGGAAGUUUUUUUCACCCGAAUUUGCAUAAAUUUAGUGCACAUGUUUAUUUACCCGAUUUUUACCCCCCAAAUUUAGAAAAAAAUAUUUCCCGAAAACUUCAGGCUCUAAUUAUGGGUAUAAGAUGACAUACUUGUACAGCUGCUCAACAAGAAUGACAACAGGCCUCAGGUAACACAAUGUGCUGAAAGUCUUAGUGCAUAAGGGGUGGCUGGUAGGUGCCUUAACCGUGCAGCGCCUCAAUGCACUGCACUGGGCAAGCACAAGAAACAACCUCGAACCACCUUUCCACCCAUAUGCAAUCACGCUUCCAGUAAAUUGUUCAGCUUGAGUGAACAACUUCAGAAAUAACUCGCGUUCAUUUCAAUGCAAUGAGACCAUCUGGAACAACACGUUCGGCUAAUGUUCCUAUCAUCCAGUUCCAUGCCCAGUGCGCUGCUAUUUUCUACGCAGUAUUUGCCACUGUUUUGUAUGAAUGUUGAACGAGCGAAUGCAGUAGUGCAUUAUUUAUUGUCAGCCCUUCCUAUGCAUUGAUCCAUGGUGAUGCUGUGGUUCUGUGCCAAAUUAUAUCUCAGCGUAUUAUAUCCCUCGUGAUGUGAGAAACUUUCUUUGUGUCUCACCCCCAUAGCACUAGUCCUGCGCUCCAUGAGAUAAAAUCGUACCAGCUUGCUGUUACCUAAGCAAGACCAAAAUGAGUACGAUAUCAGCAGCCAUGCUGCGGUUACAUAAACUUAUCUCACAGAGGAGUUACCGCUUCCAUUUUUAUUGCCACCCAUAUUUGUAACUCAGCAUGUAUCAUUUCACAGUCGUCAAGCUCAUAUCAAAGCUCAAUCAACUGCAAAAUGUGAAGCUUGGUGGGCAUAGCGACAGCUGCUGAACAAAAUGUAUUUGAUGUAUGCCCACACGUAUAUCAAGAUUUAGCAUAUCAUGCUCAUGAUUUGGCAAGAGCUUUGAUGGUCCGUGUUCGUCUAGAACCACUGCACUGACGCAAAUGCUUCUUCUUUAGGUGUAACGUUUCCUCAGAGCAAUAACGUGAGUAUCAGCACCACGGGCACUUCAAUGUGUUGUAGCAUGGGGGUGUUUGUUCAUGUUCGAAAUGCGUGAAUCAACAACAACUGUAAUGUGCAAUAAAGUUUCGUUUUCAUCUACA